GGAGGUGACCACGGAAAGCAGCAAAGUCCGAGCGUGCAACGAACAAAGAGGCAAAACUCUUUAAGAUAAGAUAAGACGAGUCAAGUGUAUGAUUGAGAGGUAACUGUGCAUUGCGUCGUUCGAAUGCGAUAUGCCUGAUAAAGUUUACCAAGUUACAUGUCGUGCCUUGCGCUGCAAGGACAUACAUCCAGUCCAAGAGAUUGAUUUGCAGUUGAUGCGCAAUGCAUUCACUACACAACACUCCAUCUCUUUUUUCUUCUGUUCUCGCCUCCAAACAUCAUCAUCAUUGUCAUCCACAGACGUUAUGAACUGCGAUUCGCCCGUCCGAUCCAAUUUGUGGCUUGUGAGGAAGUGAUCGAGUGCGACAAGUACGAACUAUAUGCAUCCUUCUUGUGGAUACGCAUCAAGCAGGCUUGAAGUUAUACGUUUGGGUAUGGAACAAAGAUCUAUGUAUGGCAGUGGACCAGCGAGAGAAUCGAGUGGUAUUGAUAAAUGUGGUCGAUUUACAAAUGUUUGUACAUACAGUACAUACACGGACAAAGAAGGGGAAAGACAGAGAAAUUAUAUAUUCGUGGUGUGGUACACGGGGUUGACAUUGUAAGGGGAAUCGAUGGGCAGACAGACACAGAGACCUUGGAGCAAGACAGGUUAUCCAAAUUGUUAGUGUUACCGGGGGCACCAAGCGAGAUAGCAAAAAGGAUGGGACAGGUUAUCCAGAAUAAGGCAUUUUCGUACUGUUCCCGAACUCUACCCCAGGGCUAGAGCCCGCAAAUAUUCCCAAUCCCGGCGAUCGUUCGAUGCGCAUCUCACGGCCAGUAGGCGGCAGCGUAUACGGACACAAGCUUGCUGGACCACGUACGUGGGCUCACCAUGUCAAUGCCCCACUGCAAUGGUUCUUUGCCUUGCUCGCCGGGCGACCGACGGGCUGACGGACUGACGCACUGACUUGCUUACUGCGGGAGCUGUGGGUAGGGGGAGGGUCCCGAGUCCCGCGAGCGAGGUAGGAAGGACCGACUGUGCCGUGAGAGCGUGCGCGCGUCCGUCCGACCUCAGCUGCGCCGGUUAAUGGGGUGCUUUUCACGAAUGGACCAACGGCGAGGGCUAUUGUGGCAAAAGCAUUGACGCUAAUCACCGCAGGGAAAAGAAAGCGCGAUAUCCGAACCUCGCAGGCGGUCUGAAAUUCGCCGUCCGUCGGAUGGAGAUUUGGACGGUGGAGCGGGAUUGGGAGCCCAUGCGCAAUCC